GAAACAAAAUACAAAUCAUUCAGUUGGUGAUCAUACUUUGAGGAGAAUAUACGCAACGCACACCAGCCUCGUUGAUUUUCAAAGUUUGUGCGAAAUUGUGCUCUUGAAAUUUUAAAAUAGAUAUUGAAUAAUAUAUCAACUUUUCCAUAAAAUGGACAUAUACCAGGUGACGGGUUUGAAGAAACCAGAAUUUGUUGAGCACAUCGAAAAAUACGGUGAUUUGGAUGAACCUACUAAAGAACUGAUACAAGCAGCGAUUGCAGUCCAGAAGCACGCCUAUGUACAAUACAGUAACUUCUACGUUGGUGCUGCUUUCCGCACGAAAGACAAUCGCAUCUUUGCAGGUUGUAAUAUUGAAAACGCCAGUUUCACGCCCACAUCGUGUGCUGAACGCACCGCCAUCAGCAAAGCCGUUUCUGAGGGAUACCUCGAGUUUGUUGCAGGUGCAGUGGUCGCUUAUCAAGAGGACGCCUUCACAACGCCGUGCGGCGUGUGUCGACAAUUUAUAAUGGAGUUUGCGCCUAACGAUAUACCACUAUUCAUUACAAAAUCGCAAGUCAAUGUUACGAAGUCUGACGAAGAUCUGGUGCUGUCGACAUCCAUCUAUAAUCUGCUGCCUCAUGGAUUUCGCACGUAUAAAAAGAAUUGAUUAAUUACAUAAUCGGAAGACAAAUAUUUUAAUCAAUAGUUACUCUUUAAUCAUAUCAAACUAUGGACCUCACUUAUACCGUUAUUGCAGGCAAUAGUAAUGGUUUAAUGUAUACAUACAUAUGUAUGUAUGUAUAUUUAAUUAGAAACUGGCAAUAGCAAAUAGUUUAGAUGAAGUGUAAUUUUGUACUAAUCAUAAAUACACAUAAAUGUUUAAUUUUA